AACCACCAGCGAUCCGCGCGGUCGCGCAGCAGUGACGUGUCACGCAGCAGGCGGUGUGGACGUGCGCGCCCCCACUUCUUCCUCUUUCUUGACUCCAUCUUCGCGGUAGCAGCAGCGGCGUCCGCGAGUUAGCCAACAUGCAGCUCUUUGUCCGCGCCCAGGAACUACACACCCUCGAGGUGACCGGCCAGGAGACGGUCGCCCAGAUCAAAGCUCAUGUGGCCUCACUGGAAGGCAUUGCUCCCGAAGAUCAAGUCGUGCUUCUGGCAGGCUCGCCGCUGGAGGAUGAGGCCACUCUAGGCCAGUGUGGUGUAGAGGCCCUGACCACUCUGGAAGUAGCAGGCCGAAUGCUGGGAGGUAAAGUUCAUGGUUCCCUGGCUCGUGCUGGAAAAGUGAGAGGUCAGACUCCGAAGGUGGCCAAACAGGAAAAGAAGAAGAAGAAGACAGGCCGAGCCAAGAGGCGAAUGCAGUACAACCGGCGCUUUGUCAAUGUUGUGCCCACCUUUGGCAAGAAGAAGGGCCCCAAUGCUAAUUCCUAAGUCCUGUUGCCAUCCUGCCACUCCAAUAAAGCCACUGUGACCAAUUUCAGGCUA